AAAUAGUGGCACAUGUUUUUGGACAGUGGUUUGCAGGGUGGUUUGCCCCUCGAUGAUGAACGAACGAAAAUAUAAAAAAUCCAACACCAUCAGUACACCAAAGUAUGUAUUGGGUCACUGUUGGAUUAUUCUCAAUCAGUAAAUCAAUUUUAAGAUUAAAUUCGAUUUAAUUCAAGUGAUUCCGUCGUUCUGAUUGUUAUUUCUUACGUGUAAGAUUACUCAUUUACCGCGCCAUUUAACGAUCUAAAAUUCAUUGAAAUGCCAUUUAUUUGGGACGAUUUGUACUGGCACGUAAUCGGUAAGGAUGAGGAGUACGACAAAAAUCGAUUUGCUGUGGUCCGAACACUAUUCAUUCAAUUGAAUCCAAAGUAUUACUACCACUCGAAAGCUCUGAUAACAUUCAACCGAGUCCAUCUCCGCAAAGAGUUCGAAAACUAUGGGAACAUCGAAUCGGUAGAGUUGCUUACCAACGGCAAAUCCGAGGCGUACAUCACAUUCGUUGACGACAAAUCGGCUGCGAUGGCAUUUGGUUUGAUGAACUGUGAGAACGAUCUCAAAAUAACGGAACGCGAGUAUUUAUGCUUCAAAAAGUAUAACGUACACAUUGCCAACACGUGGCAUCAACCCACCGAACUGACAACCUCGUAUGAUGAUAACGAUAGAACGGCAGUGAAUGCCGACGAUUCAACACCGGCUAUAUUUGCACUGAAUGAAGAUUGUCUUCGCCAAAUAUUUACAUUUUGUGAUCUCGAAUCGUUGAACAAUCUUUCGCAAGUGUGCAAGACGUUCAACGAUCUGUUGUCACCCGAAAACGGAUCCACAACAUUCCGACAAUUUAAGACACUUCGGUUGGUUGUGGACGUGGUUGAGAAAGAUCGGCUAGGUAAAUUGAUGACACUUGGCAAAGCUCGUAAGUUCCUGAAACAUGUCGGGCCAUUCGUAACGAAGUUGGUGAUCAAGAAACUGGACGAAGCGAAUGUGCAACGAUAUUUCGAAAAGAUGGUCCAAUAUGUGGGCGAAGAUAUAAAAGAACUGGAAAUUUAUGAUGUCCAAUUAACCAAUGGUUUGAUCACGAUAAUUCAACCAAUUUUGCGUCGUCUUUCAGUGUUGACAAUUAAAAUUUUUAAGAAUAGCCAAGACAUUGACUUUGAAGCAGUGUGCCCCAAUGUUACAAAAUUCAAGAUCGCCGGCAUAAUGAGCAUGGAACGAAACUGCAAAUGUUGGCCCAAUUUACGGCAUGUCUCGCUCCUCAGCGACAUACUCUUACCGGAAACAUUUUGCGCGUUCGUCACCCUUAAUCCACACCUGAACGGUCUUAAAUUUUUCCAUCAAAAUUUCCAACAAAUUCAAUCAAUCGUCAGCAAUCUAUCGAAUUUGUCAAAAUUGGGAAUCAACUGCAAAUACAAACCGAUUACUGCAUUGCAACUGAACCAUUUGGUUCAGCUCGAUCAUCUGACUCAGUUGACUCUGUGGAAUUUAACGGGUCACGCAUCGAUCGUUGAAGUAUUUCUGGUUUUGGUUAAAUUUACAGGAUUGCGUGUACUCAAAUUGCAUAUUUCUGAGGAUCAAAAUCAUGAGGCAUUGGACAGCACGGUCUAUGAAUUGAAACAACAGACAUUAGCUGUUGUAGCCCAAAAACUAAUCAACUUGGAGACACUGAUGCUGUUCAACAUAAAAUUGGAUGAGUCAACGGUGUUCGAUAUGGUACGAUCGGCUAGUCAGCUGAAAGCGUUGCAUAUUCAUGCCUUGAGUUUGAAUGUCGAGUGGAACGAAUCACUAGUAACUGGAAUUCUGAACAUACGAAAAAUUCAACAACAUGAGCAUUUGCUGAAAUUGUUUCUGGACAGAGAUUUGAAUGUGUUGAUAUCAAAAGGGGAUCAGAGAUAUUUAAGGAUUUAUUGUUAUCAAUUCGGGUGUCGACACAACAAACUGAAAAAUUGCAAAAAGUAAAACCAUAGUCCAAAUUGAA